ACGGUGGAUGUAAAUAAAAUUGGGAUUAGGCUCCCAGAAGAAGGUGCUUAAUACACUUUCUUGCUUAUUACAAGCAUGAGUACUGUCGAACUUGGACCUAUAACUAUUCACUGAGAAAAUCUUAAAGAGAAAAAACAAUCCUUCAAUCACAAACAAUACGACACAAGACAGAGCUAACAACAUAAACGGACUGGUUACAGAACAAACACAAAUGGAAAAAAUGUAUAUGUCAAAAAUAUAUAAUAUAAAAAAGAAUUAUAUAAAACCCUCCUGUGCGCCAGAACUUGUGACUCUGGCUGUAGCUUUCCACAUGUGUUACAGGGCCCCAACACUCAGCCUUACACAGGAGGGUUUUAUAUAAUUCUUUUUUUUUUUUUUUUUUUUUUUAUAUUUUAUAUUUUUGACAUAUACAUUUUUUCCAUUUGUGUUUGUUCUAUAACCAGUCCGUUUAUGUUGUUAGCUCUGUCUUGUGUCGUAUUGUUUGUGAUUGAAGGAUUGUUUUUUCUUUUUAAGAUUUUCGCAGUGAAUAGUUAUAGGUCCAAGUUGGACAGUACUCAUGCUUGUAAUAAGCAAGAAAGUGUAUUCAGCACCUUCUUCUGGAAGCUUAAUUCCAAUUUUAUUUACAUCCACCGUCCCUGUAGACAAGAUACUUCAGUGCAGCUUGCUGUAUUGUAAACCUUUUUCAAGCUCCACCUAUGAUGUUCUUCCUUCUCCGAGUAAUUUAAGGCGUUGGCGUAUAUGUACCGAAUCCUUCUGUUUCUUGUGUGGAAAACAAGUCUGCACUACAGCUCACAUUUUAGGGGCCUGCAAAACGGCUUUAACACAGGGUAGAUUUACGUUUCGUCACGACUCUGUCUUGCGCGAACUUUCACAGUUGAUCACCACGUUUUCCUAAUCUAUUUCCUCUCCUGUAAAGCACCUAAAUAAUGUAAAAUUUGUUAAAGCAGGUAGUCACUCAUCUAGCAAAAAAUCAAAACCGGUAGGCCUUUUGCAUCUUGCCACUGACUGGUUAUUUCUUUCAGAUUUAAAUGGUGAACUCAUUUUUCCUGGUCAUAUUGCCAUAACAUCGCUUAGACCAGAUCUUGUCCUGUAUUCCAACAACAACAAACGUGUUAUUUUAAUUGAACUUACAUGCCCUUGUGAGGAAAACAUGGAAACUUGGCACUCCAAAAAGCUCUCUAAAUACAUCCCUUUGAUAAAUAUCAUCGAGCAUAAUGGAUGGCACGUAAAUCUGUUCGCGAUCGAAGUGCACGUGGAUAUUGCUCUCGGUCAGUUGCAAUUUGUUUAAAAAGAUUGGGUUUCCCAAACAAAGAAGCUUUUCAAGCCGUCCGGAAAUUAGGCGACAUUUGUAUGAAAGCAUCCUUCUGCAUUUGGCUAGCCAGGAACUCAAUUUCGUGGAACCAAGGCAGCUGCAAUCUUGUGCCAGGCUCAACAUCUGUGCCUACCCCUCUAUUGCCAAAGGUUACAAGCCCGCAGCAACAACAACAGCAUCAACAACGAAAACCAACUGUGGAUAAAAGUUACUCACACCCGGACCCAGAACCGCCUACCAACAGCACUCCAGCAAAACCAACUCUUGCUGGUCUGAUUAAUAAAGGGAAUACAUGCUAUGCUAAUUCUAUCCUGCAAGCAUUAUCUGUAACUCCUGCACUUUGGUCACAAAGUGCAUCGGAGUCCUCUUUUGUUUCCCCCCUGGCCAAGUCCGUCUUGCUGACUAUGUCUCUGUUGUCUAAAUCCACCCCAGUUGUAGACCCUUCCGCCUUUCUCCGAGCGUUACAACGUAAGAUGUCCAAUGCUAGGAACAACCCAUUCAGUAUUAACACACAGCAGGAUGUUCCUGAGAUUCUACCUCAUGUAUUAAACGAGUUGACAUGGCCAUCAGUUAUCGCUAACAAUAUUAUUACCAACAAAGUAACUACAACAAUAUCUUGUAAUUCAUGCCUCUUGUCUUCCAGUAGGGAGGAAAGUAUGUCCAUUCUGCCACUCCCUGUUUCAAACAACAUAACAGGCUCCAUUAAAGCUUUUUUGCAACCAGAAUAUAUGUCUGGAAAUGACAGAUGGAUGUGCCCACAGUGCUCUUCCCUUCAAGACAGUACCCGGGAAACUGUCUUCACCCAGUGUGGAGAUAUACUGAUCAUCCAACUGAAAAGGUUUAACUGUAUCCAAGGAAGAUCUGUGAAAAAUAAUAAAUUUGUUUCUUGCCUCGCCCAAGGUCACGACACCCUAAAAGUUUAUUCCCAUCCUGCGGAGGAUAUAUCAUUCACAAACCAAUAUAAAUUAACCGCCACUAUUAAUCAUUCAGGCACACUGGCGGCUGGUCACUACUGGGCUUUUAUAAGAGAUCAGGGUGUUAAUACAUGGUUAAAAUGUGAUGAUAGGGCAGUGAUUAGUGUCAAGCCAUCUGAUCUAGAUAACUCCACAGUGUAUGUGUUAAUUUUUGCCAAAAUUUAAAUAGUGUGAAUUCGCACUAAAACAGGAGUACAUUAUAUCAAAAGGGGGAGGGAUCUCUUUUUCCUAGCGGUUUGAAAUUACCCCUGUUGUGUGUUUUACAUACAGUUUACCGUUAUUCACGAGUUCGCUCACUCGCCGCUUUCCUAGAAAGCAAUUAUAAGAAGCUUAGCAAGGGGGCUUGGCAAUUGCCUUGUCUUUGGGUGUAACGACCCCACUUAUAACCCCAGUUCUGUAGGGAGGCUAAGUUGGCUCACUUAGUCUACAGGGUUAACGAUCCUGCUAUACCUGAUGUUACGAAGAAGCUAUAUAAGGGGUUUUCAUUUCUAUCUUUCUUGUUUCCGUGACUUUACAUCCACGUUCAUUACUCCACUGUCUUCAGGCUGGUCCUGACUUACGGCUGGUCCGAAGCAAAUGGCUGGUCCAAAGCGACAACUACCCGUGUAAGGCUGAGUGUUGGGAUCCCGUAACACAUGUGGAAAGCUACUGCCAGGUUCACAAGUCCUGGCGCUCGGGCGGUUGUCUACUCAUAUUUAUAGUUUUAUAUUUAUUUAUUUAUUUUUAUAGUAAAUUCUUUGUUGUAUUGUUGUCGUUAUGUCUGUCUUUUGUUUUCAUGUUGUCAGUUUUUGUGUACCGACCGUUAGUUGUACGUAUUGUAUUGUGUAGAGAGGGUUGUUUGGUUCAAUUACCUUGAAUCUACAGAUUAUCCUUGCAAAAAGGGAGAUCUUGCAUUGCGUUUUGAUCUUUAGAGGGUGUAACCUCUACAAUUUUAACUUCAAGGGUCGUUAGAC